AGGUCGCGUCUUCCCAACCCACCCUUCACUCCCUUUCCCAACCCUCUCUAUUGACUUCACCUCUGUCCCCUUCCACCCCCGCCCCCUUUCCCCACCGCCACAAGUAUCAAACUUUCCUUUUACCCUCAACAUCCUUUCUUCUCACUUUCUCACCCAUUUGCUUCCUCUUAGCCCUUCUCUGGCGACGCGUCCUCACCCGAGAGUACAAACAAUUUAGCCAUGCCGCUAACGGCAGAUAGCGACAUUGAGAUGUCUUAUCACUCUGAAAAUGAGGUUGAGGCUCCAGACGAAGCGUCUGCCCAGCUUCUGGCGGCACUCAGCCCAGCCCCGGGUGAUCGUGUUGAACCGGAGUUCGCCAUCGAUCUUCCUACACUCGAGUCUCUCGGGCUCAACCGUGAUGACUAUCAGAGUUUCCCUGAAGAAAGGCUCAUCAAGAAGAUCAGAGCGGAAGUGGAGAUUAUGGGUGUGCUCCACUGCAAGGCAAACCUUGCUGAUGGUAGCCAUGUUAUGGUAAAUUUCUGUUCCUGGAAAAAAUUAUUCAACCUCUGGCGGGAAAUUCUAACCGCGGAUCGAAUUGACAGAUGCCCUACACUCAGCUGGCCCGCUACGAUAAUUGGGAAAAAGCAUAUGCGGAUUUUGUUAGCCGGGACAACACUUUGCCGGACGCGACCAGUUCUGAGGAGACGGGCUCUGAGCGGGAUACUUCCGCAUCAAGUCUUCGGGGUCGUCAGGGCCCCAGUAAAACUGCUACUCCCAGGAAUGUUGGCAGCCCCUCGCGUUCUGGACGACAUGUUGACUCAGACUCUUCUGAUCAAGCCCCCCAAACUGAUAACAAUUCGUCAGCACCCCCUACCCAGGGCCGCCAACUUAGGAAGCGGAAUUUGUCACUACUUGCGAAGCAGCGAAAAUCUAUGCGGGAAGCUGAAGGAAUAGAGUCCUCAGAAGAUGAGGAUGCUAAUAAGGCCAUCAAGUCUCGAAACCCGGCCAAAGGCGGCGGCCGGCGCACCAGGUCGACCGGACUUUCCAAAGUCCAAAUGCUUCCUUACGGUUACGAUGACGACGAACUCAUUGUUUCUGAUCUAAAGCCCCCGCCCGGUAGGCGUCACCGAGGCCUCGUAUCAUCAAGGCGUAGAAAUGCAACGGGUGCUGGAUACGGGAGUUCCGAUUAUGGCAAUGACGAUCCUCCUGAGAGGCGUUCGGGGCGGACAACAGGACGCAAAAAUAUGUACCGAGAGCCGGACCCAAAUGCCUCCGACGACGAUUUCAUGGAUAUCGACACUGUUGCUAAGCCUAAAAAGCCCCAAAUUGUUCGUGCCAAAGAGAUAUUCCCGUCUUUGGACAAACAUGGAGAUUUUGCUAGAUUUCACGAUCGUACAUGCGAUACCUGCCUCGACCACGGUACCUCUAAAUCAAGGGGUAUCCUGAUAUAUUGCCAGGGUUGCUCUUACACCUAUCAUCAACUUUGCCUAGGACAUCGUAACAAUCGCGAGCAUCUUAUCACCAAGGUGGCCGGCAAAAACCAUGUUCUGCAAUGUAAACGCUGCAUAGGAAAGGCUCGACUUAAGAGACCCACUGCACCGUAUCUAGAUAAGUGCACAGCAUGUCGUAUCACAGGGAAAUCUUGUCAACCCUUCUCAAACCUAAAGAACAAAUCUACGCAGAAAAAGGAUGCAUCAGCGAAUGCUAGUGCUGAAACUUCUGACGUUGAGGUUGAUCCAGAACGGCUCUAUACCCCUGAAAACGUCCUAUUCCGCUGUCGUGGAUGCCGAAGGGCGUGGCAUUUUAACCAUCUACCUGCUACUGCUGAGAGUGUCGGCAAGCCUACUGCCGAAAAUCGGCUGGAGGAAUAUUCACGAGAAUGGAGAUGCGACUUAUGCCAGGAACACAGGGAGAAGGCUGAUGUUAUCCUCGCAUGGCGUCCCUCUGACAAGCAGGCUAGACAGAUGAGACCAGAAUUAAUCGACUACACAGACUUCGUUGAAGACGAGCGCGAGUACCUAGCCAAGUUCGCCAGGCAAUCUUACUUUCAUUGCAUUUGGUUGCCUGGGGCAUGGGUUUCCGGAGCUUUCCCCUUGCUUCAUACAGGGUUCAUGAAGAGGGGUCCAAAACUUUGUAUGACGACUGAAGAGGCUGUUCCCGAGGAGUGGCUUCGGAUAGAGAUCUGCCUAGAUGUUGAAUACGACUCCUAUGUCCCAGUCGGUAGUGACGCAGAACUCGACCUGUUGAGGAUAACCGAUGUGACUAAAGCUUAUGUCAAAUUCAGAGGCUUGGGGUACGAAGAGGCGGCCUGGGAACAACCUCCCAAGGAGAGUGAGAAGGAGAGGUGGGAGGAAUGGAAGCAGGCCUACGGAGAUUAUAUCCAUGGAUUUUACGUCCGCGGCGCAAGAGGGAUUCUCGAUCGUAUAAAGAAGGCUCGUUCUCUCAACUUUGAUCAAAAGCUUGUAAAAAAGAAGCAACCUGAGUAUGUAAAAGGCGGAACUUUGAUGGACUAUCAAAUGGAGGGACUAAAGUAAGUUAUUACAACUUACCAAUUUCAAGCCUCGAUAUACCAUGUGCUAAUGCUCUUACAGUUGGCUAUACUAUAAGUGGUGGAAAGGUCAGAAUGCAGUUCUCGCGGACGAAAUGGGACUUGGUAGGUUCAGCCCUGGUCCUUGUCUGAGUGCCACUAAUUUGCCGCAGGGAAAACGAUCCAAGUCAUAUCGUUCCUAUCAGUGUUGCUUGAGGAGCAUAACGUGUGGCCCUUCUUGAUCGUUGUUCCUAACUCGACCGUGCCGAACUGGUCAGUAUAGCGCACCAUGCGUUGGCAUAACACCUUCUUUGACGAAACGCUAACACUGUCGAAAGGAAACGAGAAAUACAGCGUUGGCUUCCCAACAUGCGGGUGGUAGCAUACCCCAGCGUCGACACUGCUCGCAGGCUUUCAGUAUUUCCCCCUACGUAGGUUAUUGUGAUGCUGUGUUAACUAAAGGUAGAAAAAAUACGAAAUGUUUCAUCCUGGCACCACAGAUCUCAAAUGUCACGUUGUUGUUACAUCCUACAACACGCCUGUUUCCGACGCAAAGACCCUUAGGCCAAUCCGUUGGCAAGCACUAAUUGUUGAUGAAGGACAGAGAUUAAAGAAUGACCGGAGCCAGUUCCACACCGAGAUGGCGAAAUAUCAUGCUGGUUUCAAGCUCUUGAUGACCGGCACGCCAUUGCAGAACAAUCCGAGGGAACUUUUUAAUUUGCUGCAAUUUCUGGAUCCAAAGCUACAGGCAGCCGAGAUGGAGGAGGAAUUCGGGGAACUCACAAAAGAGAAUGUGCCCAACCUUCAUGCUAUGAUUCGGUAGGCUCUCUUUUACAUGAACUCAUGGUUUCUGGGACUCAUACUGACCCUGGACAGACCAUACUUUUUGAGAAGGACCAAAGGCAUGGUGCUGGACUUACCGCCAAUGACCGAGAUCAUCGUCCCUGUCAGUAUGACUAAUGUUCAGCGGAAACUCUACAAAUCCAUUCUAACCAAGGAUACUGCCCUCAUUAAAUCGAUUCUUGCCAAACAUGGAAAGGGGAAAAUCAAGCUUACUGAGAGGACAAAGCUUAAUAACCUGCUAAUGCAGUUAAGAAAGUGUCUUUGUCAUCCUUUCCUCUAUAACGAGGACAUCGAAGAGCAAAAUGUUGACCCGGAAACUGCACACAAAAAUUUGGUUGACGCUGGGUCCAAGCUGGAGCUACUAAGCCUAUUGCUACCAAAGCUCAAAGAAAGGGGACACAGAGUGCUUAUGUUUACCCAGUUUUUGGGUAUGUUGGAUAUUCUAGAGGACUUCCUUUUUGCACUAGAUCUCAAAUAUCAGCGUCUCGAUGGCGCGGUGUCAACUCUUGAGAGACAAAAGAGGAUUGAUUCAUUCAAUGCCCCGAAUUCCGAGUAUUUCGCAUUCAUGCUUUCGACGAGAGCCGGAGGAGUUGGGAUUAACCUCGCAACAGCAGAUACUGUCAUCAUCCUAGAUCCAGAUUUCAAUCCUCAUCAAGACAUCCAAGCUUUAUCCAGGGCCCACAGGAUUGGACAGACGAAAAGAGUGCAGGUCUUUCAUCUCGUGACUAGAGAUACAGCAGAGGAAAAGAUCAUUCAAAUUGGCAAGAAGAAGCUAAGCCUCGACCAUUUGAUCAUAGAAAAGAUGGAUGCUACAGAAGAAGAGGAAGUUGAUGUGGAGAGUAUCUUGAAAUUCGGAGCUAGGGCGCUAUUCGAAGACGAGGGAGAAGCAUCUGAGGCGAGAAGAAUCCGGUACGAUGACGAUAGCGUGGACAAGCUUCUCGAAAAAGUUGCUACAGAGGAGCCAACAGUCGCUGAGAAAGACGGAGCAAACACUGGGGAAACUGCCUUCAGUUUCGCCCGAGUCUGGGCUAAUGAUACAUCAGUAUUGGAGGAAGGCUUUGGUCAAGAGCAAGAGGAGGAGGCCCCGCUCGGAUUCUGGGACAAAGUUUUGAAGGAGCGGGAAGAGGAGGCUCGGCUAGAAGCAGCUUCCAAAGCCGAAGAGUUUGGGAGGGGGAGGAGAAACAAAAAGGUUGAUUACAGAAUGGGGUUCGAUUUUUCUUCCAAACGGGGUCCCGAGGCGACGAGUGACACGGAUUUUCAUGAUUCCCUAGGCCCCGAAUCGGACUCGGAGGAGGGCCGGGCAGGGAGCGAGGUUUCAGACAAGCUUCUAAAUGCUAACCGUACUCAGGACUUUGGUCCCCAAAUCACACCAAUUAUCCCCCAAAUCCCAACAGAACCAACCCCCCGAGACUCCAACCUCACGGCGAUGCCGCGUCCUCCCCCACCUUACAUUCCGCAUCCAAACCGACAUAUUCCUGUUGCUCAGCCCCCUUACCCUCCUUACCCUCCUUACCCCCCUCAACCUCCUCCCGCAUCAUUCAAUAGAACCCCAAUCGACAAGUUUCAUCCGCUACAGUCGACACAGCACGUUUAUGGUGCCCCUCCCGCACCUGCUAUGCCUAGCAGACCGAUGGCACAAAUGAUGCCCGCUGCUCCCGUCGCCCCGAUUGCACCCAUGGUUCCUCCUCCGCUUCACGUUUUCCACACCGCACCUGGCUCGGUGACCAUGUCCUAUCCAAAUCUCAACGGUAAAUGCUUAGCUUGUGGCAACCCCCACCCACCAGGCCAGUGCCCGCUGAGAGAGAUCCCUGCGCAGCAUUGCCAACUUUGCUCUACCGCACAUCUCCCUGGUAUAAACACUUGCCCGCAUCUUAGCAGCGAGACCCAGGUCAAUGAGAUGCUCAUGGCGGUCAAUUUGAGCCCAGAAAUGCCGGUGCUAACUGCAGGCGCGAAGCAACUCUUAAGGGAGCGUAAGGGGGAAAUAAAAUUGAAGAAGAAGGAGGUAGCUAGAAGGAGACAAGCUUCUAUGAAUAGUGCUCCAUCGGCAAAUGGGUAUUAGAGUUUUUACUUUCCGCGCCCCGCCGACCUCCGAUCCCGCUUACAUCCCUUGGCCGCACCUCUCAUUAUACCGGUACUCUGCUCCCUUUUCUCGACUUUCUCCCCCCGAUCUCAAUCGCUGCCAAAAAAAAGGAAAAAAAAAAAAUCUAAACUUUCCUUUCUAUGACUUGAUACUGUCUCAGGUGGUUUACCUAAAUUUAAUACCAUCCUUUUUUUCUCACUCGCUCAUUUUCUUUUCUUUACUUCUGCUUUUUAUGGCAUUCUUCCGGUGGCUGGCUUAGAGGAUGUGAGGUUACCGGCGUUGAGUUAUAGUCAUAUGUAUAAUUGUGCAAAAGGGGAGGAACUCGUCGUGUUUAGUAGAUGGCUACUCUGAGCAAU